GACCUCACCGCAUUAGGGCAGAAGAGUUUAGGGUUUAGGGACUGCGCGAUGGCGCCCAACGUAGCGAGCAGCGGCAUUGCCAUCGGCCUCAACAAGGGCCAUGCCGUCACCAAGAGGACGCCGGCCAAGCGGCCGAUCGACAUGAAAGGGAAAGGCCAGAAGAGGACGCUGUUCGUGAGGAAGCUCAUCCGCGAGGUGGUGGGAUUCGCUCCCUACGAGAAGAGGAUCACGGAGCUGCUCAAGGUGGGCAAAGACAAGCGCGCGCUCAAGGUCGCCAAGCGGAAGCUCGGCACCCACCUGAGAGCCAAGAAGAAACGCGAGGAGAUGUCCACCGUGUUGAGGAAGAUGAGGUCUUCUGGGAAGUGAGUGAGACGAAUGCUUGUUCUCGAAAAAAGUUUCUUUGAAUCAAACACGAGUUACUAUCUUUUCGAUCGAA